CCAGAGUUUAGAGGACGUAUUCUAUGCCAUCGAUUGACUUAUUCAGACUUUACACCUUCUAAGGGACAUUCGACGCUUUUUAUAGAAUCUCAGAAAGGAAGAGGCCGACCCCGAGUAACUAGCGAAGCUUUUUAUCACCUUCGACGAGGAACCCAGUCGGCGCAUAUCUUUAUCUCUAUCAUCACUCCUCUCCACCAUUCGAACCGAAAUCACAUAUACCACCGACAGCAUUGGACGACAUCUAUCGCUAUCGCAGCCACUCGAGAAGAUCAGGGAAAUACUUUGUAAUCUUGGCAAUACUCUCACGUUGUCUCAAUGACCAACGGUCGUGGUAGUCGAGGUAACACGUAUCACUUCAAAUCGUCGCGUUAGAAACCAUUCGGGCGUUAGAAGCCAUCCUUGGGCGAUCCAGCGACUGAGAGUUCUAUCUCGAAUUCAGAACCUUUAGGUUCUGGCACACAAUCAAACCAAGCACGGAGGACUACCGCCGAGCACCACCCGCACUCAUCGCAUUUGCAUCCAGGAGCCAGACAUUGGCAACCCCUCCAACGCUUCCGAGGCACUGGUACCAGACAGCCCUUCAACAGGAACAAACACUUCCCUGGAAAGAACCACAUGCCGCCACCGCAGCUUAGGGGUUUUGGCGGGGGGCCUGCUGUGGCAGCACCAUACCACCAGGGUGGCUUCCCCUCCCAUGCCCAACAACAGGGUGGACAUUUAGGCGGGAACCAGUACCUGAAUGCCAACACACAACUGGGACCCUUCUCUGCUGCCAAUAGCAAUGCUUUUACGACAGCCGGCCUCAAUGGCCAGGGGUUCGCGGAUACGGGGUUUGGUAGUCAAAGUGCAAGAAUGGGUUUCCAUGGCCUUGCAGCCGGUCUACAACAACCACAACACGGGCAGGUUCACCAGAACAUGUUGAUGGAACACCCAGGAAUCAGGACACAUCCCAACAAGGGCAGGAUACGGGAAGUAUGGAAUCACAAUUUGCACGAAGAAAUGGCAGUAUUGCGAGACUUGGUGGACAAGUAUCCUUACAUUGCGAUGGAUACCGAAUUUCCAGGUGUCGUUUCAAGGCCCAUGGGAGGAUUCAGAGGGAAGAGCGAUUAUCACUAUCAAUGCCUACGAACCAACGUCGAUAUGCUGAGGGUCAUUCAAAUAGGGCUCACCUUCUUUAACGAAGACGGCGAGACCCCCCCUCCACGGCCCACAAGCGAACUGAAGCUUGGCACAGCCGCUCAAAGAGCAGCGAAUAAUGCUCCUUUCCCCUGUUCGUGGCAGUUCAACUUUAAGUUCUCAUUGAAGGACGACAUGUACAACGAGAAAUCGAUCGAGUCACUUCAGCAAGCCGGGAUCGACUUCAAUGCUCUCGAACGUGAUGGUAUUGAUCCCCACGAGUUUGCCUCCCUUCUGAUCCCUUCAGGUCUUGUCUGCUUCGACAACGUCAAGUGGAUAUCAUUCCAUGGCGGUUACGAUUUCGGCUACCUGACAAAGCUGCUUAUCUGCUUACCAUUGCCCAACGACGAAGUCGACUUUGACCACAAGAUGAAGCUCUAUUUCCCCACGACGUACGAUGUGAAGCACCUCAUGAAGCACGCCAUCAGGUUACACAACUCCGGCCUUCUUACACCGAGCGAUCCCAGUAGUACUGAGAUCCUGCAAAAGUUUGAACAUAAAUCAGGACUUGAGAACAUUGCCGAAACCCUCAAGAUUAAGCGUGUUGGCUCUGCCCACCAAGCAGGCUCUGAUUCGUUACUCACCGGAAAGGUCUUCUUCUCUAUGCGCGAUAAGAUAUUUGCCGGUGAUAUCCCCGAUGAGCAUGUUGGCAAGGUCUGGGGCCUGGGUUUCCCUGACUCAAAUGCCAGCCUUGUCAUGUCAAUGAUGAACCAGCAAAGCGGAAACGAUGGGCAAACAAAUGGCAACGGACCUAGCACUCCUAACACGACCAAUGCUGCGUUAGCCACCACCCCAGGACCACAAGGGCAGAACGGCAUCAUCAACACUGGGCCUAUGACUCCCGGUGGAGGAGGUGGUGUGUUUGGCAACUUCGCUUUCGGCGGAAACCGAUAAGAGGCUCACUCCCAAGGGCUGUUAGCCCACUGGUGAGGGCUAUGGACUUGCCGAUAGUAUUAAUGUUUUCUAUGCCUUGCAUUUUACUCUUUACCAUCAACCUAUUCCUCUUUCGUCACGAACGUUCAUUAUGCCAAAAGCAUAGUUAUCGGCUUCUCCACAUGAAAUGGGUUUGUCCAGUGAGAUAGCAUGCCUCUUUGCUUCCCGCUUCAAUGCAUUCUGCCUCGGUUUACGAUUUUGAUAUAAUGACUUUCGGAAGUUUCAGGAAUUCAAUGGGGAAAAAAGGACCGGGAUGGACGGUUGGGAGGGGAUCAUACGUGCCAGUUGGUGUCGGCGCCGCUGUUGUAUACUGUAUUGUAUGGUUAACUAGGAGUUGGCACCUUCGAAUUUGAGCUUCACAAAGUUGUUUAAUUUGUCCAAUCUAAGUUGUGCUAUGGCAUGAUGCCCGUCAAAAAUGAAUGGCAGCGCUAUGUCUAAGCCCCUGGCUCGCAG